UAGAAGCGCCAAAGUUCAAAAAGGGGGUUGAACUUCCCCUUUCAUAAACUCUUACUGUUGCUUCACGCUUCCUCACCUUAACUUUUCUCCAUUAAUACUCUCUCCCUAUCUUUGGAGGCUGGCGCGAGUGAAAAUGGUGGAAGAGAAUAGCUGCGAUCUCAACGCUUCCUCCGCCGCAAAGCAGACGCUCAUGCUUCUGCAAUCGGAGGAUCCCGCUUGUGCCGUGCAGGCUGCCAAGGAGAUCAGGCGCCUCACCAAGACCUCGCAGUGCCACCGCCGUCAUUUCUCAGCCGCCGUGGCCCCCCUCGUCGACAUGCUACGUGGGGGCUCUGACGAUGCCAGAGAGGCUGCACUCGCCGCUCUCCUUAACCUCGCCGUCAGAGACGACGAAAACAAGAUGAACAUCAUCAAUGAAGGGGCUCUAAAACCGAUCAUGAGCUUCCUAGAAUCAACGAACGCAACCGUGCAGGAACACGCGACCGCAGCUCUCGUCACUCUAUCCGCUUCUUCAAAUAACAAGCCCAUCAUCGCUGCUUCCGGCGCAAUCCCUCUCCUCAUCGACGCCCUCCACUUCGGAGGAUCAUCGCAGGCACGGUCCGACGCUGCCAUGGCUCUCUACAACUUAUCCACCGAUCCCGAGAACGUCCCCCUCAUCCUCCACGCACAACCUAUCCCUCCCUUGAUCGAUCUGCUCAAAUCCUGCAAGAAGUCCUCCAAGGCGGCCGAGAAGUGUGUGGCGCUGAUAGAGAGUGCGGUGGCAUUUGAGGAGGGGCGGAGGGCAGUGGUGGCAGAGGAGGGAGGGAUUUUAGCAGUGGUGGAGGUGGUGGAGGGGGGGACGGGGAGGGGGCGGGAGCAUGGGGUUGGAGCGCUGUUGAGGAUGUGUGAGAGCGACGAGGGAGGGGAGUAUAGGGAUGCGAUAUUAGGAGAAGGGGUGAUUCCGGGGGUGAUGGAGCUGACCGUGGAAGGGAGCAGGAGGUGCCAGGGGAGAGCACAGGAGCUGCUGCGGCUGCUCAGAGAUCCGAGGCCAGAGAUGGAGAGAGGGGCUGUGUUGUAUGGUGAAGUGAAGAGGGUGGGGAAGGCUAACAAAAUGGCGCAGGUUAGCAUGGAGCAGAGUUUUAGAGACAUCAAGGAGAGGGCUGUUCUCUGUGCUUCUCAUUUAUCAUCCUAACCUCAAUCAUUUUAUUAUUUUUCAGGUUUCUUUUUUUUAUUUUUAUUUGCUUUUCUCGUUCAAGACUGGAUUGGGCUGAUGUUAUGGUUUUCCCGGGAUAUUAAUUAUAAUGGUUUUCUAGUACUGAAAAA